AUGAACGAGAUUUUGCUCAAUACUUAGUCAUCCAAUUUUUUAAGUGAGGAAGUCAUCAACAAAGCAGCAAAAGAUCCUGAAACAAGAAACAAUAUCAUUAAAUUCGAAUAUAAACUGCUAUCAGUAUAUGCACAUAAAUUUUCUAUCAUUCUAUUGCCAAAAACCGAAUAAAUUACAGAAUGGCAUGGGAUGAUUAGCAUAUCAUAUGGACUGUAUGCCAAGGGAAAAUUUAAAUUUGUAUUGAACUUCCCUAAAACUUUUCCAGAAUCUAUUCCUAAAAUAAGGUUUCUUUGUCCCCUCCUCCAUCCUUUAAUUGAUGAAUACAAUAACGUGGAUGUUGACACACUCAUUCCGAAAUGGAAAUAUGGGUAGGAUUGCAUGGUAUAUAAUUUAUUAAACAAACUCUAUGAAAUGUUUAUUGAUGUAAGUUAUUAUGAUUGUGUGACUUCCUUUAACCCCAGAGCUGCUCAAUUAUUUUCAAAUGAUAUAAACUCAUAUGCUGAGGAAGUCAAAAAACAAGUCGCCUAAUCUGAAUAGUAGCUCUACGAUAAUCGAGAUGAUUUCGUUCUUAAAUUAAAAGAACCAACCUAUAACACCCAAACAAUUCUCUAGAAAUUACAAGACAUCAACUCUUCAAAAAACUUAACAUUUGAACAAAAGAAGAAGGAUCUACUAAAUUUCAUACUGUAAUAGAGUAAGGAAAACAAAAUAUAAUAAUGAACAAUACACCUUGUUUUCGGAUUAUAUAUAAAUAUCAUUCUUCUA